CAAAAAUUUCAUAGCUCUCAGAAAAUUCGACCUCAAACCCUCUGCAUCCAUGGCAAUCAAACUCUAUAUUGUUUUCUAUUCCAUGUACGGACAUGUUGAGAGACUUGCAGAAGAGAUUAAGAAGGGGGCAGCGUCUGUAGAAGGUGUCGAAGCCAAGUUGUGGCAGGUACCGGAAACAUUAACCGAGGAUGUCCUUGGCAAGAUGAGCGCACCAUCAAAGAGUGAUGUGCCAAUUAUCACCCCGACCGAACUCCCUGAGGCCGAUGGUUUAGUUUUUGGCUUCCCUACUAGAUUUGGAAUGAUGGCUGCUCAAUUCAAAGCAUUUCUGGAUUCAACUGGAGGUCUUUGGAGAACUCAACAACUUGCAGGCAAACCUGCUGGUGUCUUUUACAGUACUGGAUCCCAGGGAGGUGGACAGGAAACUACCGCGUUGACUGCCAUCACUCAGCUGGUUCACCACGGAAUGAUAUUUGUUCCCAUUGGUUACACUUUCGGUGCUGGCAUGUUCGAGAUGGAGCACGUUAAAGGUGGAAGUCCUUAUGGAGCUGGAACAUUCGCAGGUGANGGGAUCAUUUUCUCACGAGAGCCAAUAUCUUAUUACAAAUAA